AUGGAAGUUCAUAUAGCAUUUGAGUGUGCUGAAGAUAUUCAAUCCAUUCUAGCUGAAAUUAAGCAAGAAUGGAUACAAAUAAUUGCAACAAGAGAUAAAAAUAUAUUAGACUAUGAUGAAUUAAUUUUAACAACAAAUAAGCAUAAAAGAUCAGAAUUUAUUAAUAUAAAUAAAUAUACUAAUUCUCAAAUUAAUUGUCUAGUUUCUGAUAGCGCAUCUUCAAUAAAAUUAGCUAAAAAUAUAAUUCAAAAUAAAUAUCCCUCAAUAAUUAUACUACAUUGUAUUGCACAUCAAUUACAUUUAAUUAGUUAUGAUAUUUGUUGUUCAUCUUAUAUUUCAAAUCUAAUUUCUAAAUGUAAUAGUAUAGUAUCUUAUUUUAAAAAAUCUCAUAUAGCAGGAGAUUUAUUAAAUAAUAUAAUUAAAAAUAUGCUCAUAACUGGUGGCGGCUUAAAAAUGGCUUAUAAAACAAGAUGGACAACUUAUUAUGAUUGUACUUUUACUAUUAUUAAGUUAGAACAAGUAUUUAUAGUGAAUGAACAAGAUGAUAUAUUUACUUGGUGGCUUACUCUUGAAAUUCAACCAAAUCAUAUUGAAAAACUAGCAUCUAAAAUACUGAAUUUGAGACCUCAAAAUGCUAAAUCAAUGGCCAAAGUCUAUUCAUGGUAUGUAACAAAUUCACAAAAUGAAUUAAAAUAUUUAUUAGAUGAAGUAACAGAAGAGGAAAUUAAGUACAUGGUAAGUAAUAUGAACCAAUUUAAUGAAGAUGAAGAAUUUUUAUUAGUUGAAAACAAUAAUAAUUUAAAUGAAAUAAAUGAAUUAUAUUCUAACAUAUUACCAGAAGAUCAAUUAGAUAUUGAUAAUACUAUGAAUUUACAAUAUGAAUUAUUUAAUUUGCAGCUUCAACAAAAUAACACUACUAUUUUAAACAAUAUGCAUAAUGAUACUUUUCUUGGUAAUAAGAAUUUUAAUGUUGAUGAAGUAAUGAAUGAAUUUGAUGAUAACUUUUUUGAAUAA